AUGGUUUCCUUUGAGAUGAAUGAUCGAAAGAAGAUUGGAUUAGGGUUAACUGGCUUUGGUAUAUUUUUCUCAUUCCUUGGGAUUAUCUUCUUCUUUGACAAGGGAUUGCUAGCAAUGGGAAAUAUUCUGUUUGUUUCUGGAGUGUCCGUAACCAUUGGGCUAAAAUCCACUAUGCAAUUCUUCAUGAAACGAAGCAAUUUCAAGGGAACAAUCUCAUUUGGUGUCGGGUUCUUUAUUCUUGUCAUGGGGUGGCCUAUUUUGGGCAUGAUUAUUGAGGCAUACGGAUUCAUCGUACUAUUCAGUGGUUUCUGGCCUACACUGGCUGUUUUCCUACAGAAGAUUCCUGUUCUUGGUUGGUUGGUUCAACAACCAUAUAUUCGAUCGUUGUUUGAUCGCUAUAGAGGCAAGCGAGUGCCCGUUCAUUCAUUGGAAAGGAAAAUUGCAAAGGGAAAAAAGUCGUGGUCAGAUCCAUUUACGUUACUAUUCCAAUCAGAAACCUUUGGAGGUUUCCACGCCAAGUAUCAUGGUGGCUUUUGUUCACACUCGUAA